AUCAGCAACAGUGAGCAGCAGAUCGCAGUAAACAAUUUCCAUCAUUUGGAGUCUUCACUUUCACAUCUUCAGCUCUACGAUGGUGCUGCUCAGGCUGUGUGUGCUGGCGGUGGUGUUUUACACUCAGGUUUACACCACUGAAGCUGCUCCCAGUGAGGACAGGGAUGCGUGGUCCAUGGAGAACUGGCAGGACGAGCCACAGGACAGCGGUCUGUCCCUGCGCUUCACUGACCUGCUGAAACGCUCCAAAUCCCAGCAGUUCCACGGGUUAAUGGGACGCAGCUCAGGAACCUCUCAACCUCAACGACACGGUAGGAAAAGAAACAAAGGAGAGAUGUUUGUUGGACUGAUGGGAAGGAGAUCAUCCAAUGGAGAUUAUCAAGAAUAACUGGAGAAAUCGCUGUACUGACUAUGCAAAUAACACAACAGAUGACCCAAAAAACAUCAUUCAAUAUUGUUUAGCCUUAUACCAGUCCAAGAAAAAACAAGACCAUCUGCACUAACUCUCUCUCUCUCUCACUCACACACACACUCAGACACACACACACAAAUCAUCAGUUUUAUUAAAUAUUAUCUUUUUAUUAUGAGUCGUGUCUGACUCAUAAAAGGUGCUUUUAAAUCAGUUCCAUUAAAAACACUUUUACAUGCUUUAUAAAACAGCAGACGAGCUAUUUGAGAUUAAAUUGUUUAGAUUGUGACAUCCAGAAUGCACCACAAUUAUUCAAAUGAACCUGUUUGUUUUGAUCAACAUGUUGAAUGGAUAUUAAUGGAAUUAUGCAAAUUGAACUCUGUUGAAUUAUUA